AUGAGUGCUGAAAAAAUCAGUGGAGAAUAUCACUCUGUUGAACCAGUUAACGCCCCACAGUUGUUGAAUAUUAUAGGCUCUUCUGGAUCCGGCUCACCAUUGCAGGAUUUCACCACCAAAAAUUUUAUGGAUUUUUCCAACCUGACAUCGAGCGAGUUGUUGGAGGACAACGGGGAGAUACCACGGAUAAGUGUUAGACCAGAGGAAGGUGGAGAGAGUCAUGAAGGGACCAAAAAUGAGGCAGAGAUUUCAAACAGGCAUGAAGAGCCGAUAAUUACGAUACGUGUGACCAGCAAUGACAAUGGAAACGAGAAAGGUACAAAAAGCGAUAAUUCUAUAAAUGAUGACGAAGGAUCUCAGGACGUUACUGAAACCUCCAAGGCUUCGAAUCAGGGUCUAAAAACGACUACUCAGUCCCCAGGGUUGGACGAAUCUAUCACUAACGAGCUUUCGAAUUCCAAUUCUCCUUUAUUCAAACUAUUCGGGUUGCAUAACACUGCAGUCGACGACCCCCGUUAUCCCCCACAGCGCCUUGUCCAAUUUAAAGAAAUCGCAUCUCAAUUAUACAACUGCACCUAUGAUCUUUACGACCCAAAAGACUAUUUAACCUUCCUUGGAGGCGGAAUGCAUAACUUAAACGGUUCUGUACUCGAUAUAGAGAUUGUCCGAUUAUUCUACAUGUUAAAAUUCCGCUGGGAUUAUAGUUUGCUCGAGUCUCUUAAACUUCUUUGCGAUAAAUUAUUCUUUAAAGGUGAGUCUCAAUACAUUGAUCGGAUUCUAGAAGCCUUUUCUCAAAGUUGGUUUGAGGUUUUUGGAAUAUGCAACGGAAGAUCGUUGUAUGGCAGUCCUAAUGGUGUAUAUCUUGUUGCCUAUUCGUUGAUUAUUUUGAAUACCGAUUUGCACACCAGAAACCGCGGUCCUGAGAAGGUGAAGAAGAUAACCAAGUCCAAGUUUGUGAAAAAUACCGUUUUAGCCCUCAAACAGAACAAGGUUCUAGUGUCAGACUUCAAGUUGUUGGAACACGAAUUAAAAGAUGCGUAUGGUGAUUUGGCGUCCAACGAAUUGAGAUUGAUAGAGGAGACUCAAUUGCAGAUGGGAAAUUCUGCAGACAAGUCUCUUGGCAGAAAUAGCUCCCAUCGGUCUGGACACCGUAAUAUUCUUUCAUCGAGGCCAUCUAUAGGCUCAUUUUUUGGCAGUAGUGGAAGUGAUAAGGAUAAAGAUGCAUAUUCUCUGUACUCUAUGGCAAAUUCGGAGGCUCCAACUGAUAGACCAUCGAUGGGUUUUGGCUUUGCAAAGGCAAUGAGAGCAGAAGAGACUCUGAGAAGGAUUGACAACGGCCAUGGUUCGAUCUAUUCGUUUGGAGCAGGAAGCACUUUCACAACAGGAUCUGCUACUGGAAGUGUAUUGACGAGGUUUGCUUCUGAAGCUCCUGGACCUCUGGAUCCUGACUCCUCUUUUCUUUCCGGAAAUCGUUUAGGUUUGGACUUGAAUGACCCUUACUUUGUGGAAGAAGACGGUGACGUUGAGUUGGAGUUGCAAGGACCACCAUGGGUGAAAGAGGGUAUCCAGAAGGUUGUUUUGACUAGAACUGUGCUUCAGAGCAUGAAGGGAGGACAAUCUAGUGGGGCUAACUCUGUUAUGGGGUCUCUUUCUGCUCUCAACGACAUGUUUAGGAGAAGUAGUCUGAGGUUUUCCAGUCUUAACGCUGGCCAAAGACUUCCGUGGAAAGACUAUUUCACUGUGAUUUCAGAGGGACAGCUCCGGCUGUUUUUAUUUGAUCAGUCUGAACGUACUAUGAAUACUCUCGAGAGCAAGGGAGAUGGAAACUGGACUCACUUUGCAAAAUGUUUGGCCUCGGUGAACUUGAACUCAUGUUUUGCCCAAUAUGUUCAUCCUGAUUCGAAAUUACACGCACAUAUAAUGAGGCAUAUGCAAAAAGUUCCUUGUAGAACUGACGAUGAGACGUUUUGGAUACUCAAUUUACCUCUGAACGAUUCCGAAACCUUCAAAAACUAUCGAAGAAUCUUCUUUUGCGCAGGGACAUCUGAAGGGGCAUUAGAAUUCUGCGAAACUUGCAACUUUUGGGCAGCCAGAACAUCAUGUAUACCUCCUGAGGAGCCCAUCUCCUCAAUAGAGUACGGAUGGUCUGACAAGAUGAUUCAGUAUAUGAGUGAGCCGAAGAAGCUUCGAGGUAAGAGAACAUCAUUGGAAGUGUUUCUUUCGUCCGCAAGUGUGCAAAAAUGGAAACCCAUUGUUUACGGUUUAAUAGCGUCGGAUAUGUCGAUGAUCGAGCAGUUGAGGCAGUUGAGGCAGUACUAUUGUGAAUUGGAACUGCAGUAUAGACACCAUAAGGAACUUGAGGUAUUUCAUUCAAGGCUUGACGGUAUGGCCGGAGGAUUUAGACGCUCAGAUGCACAUUCAUUCUUUGGCAAAUCUCAUAGGUCAGAUAACACGUCAAAAAAUGUUCGUAUCAUUAGAAAGAACUACGUGAAUAGGUUGAAUUAUCUUUCGAAUGAGUUGAUGAAAUAUAAAUGCUACAUUAUUACUCUUCAGAGAGCCAUAGUCUUUAGAAGGACGAAAUUGGCACAACUAGAGCAAAUGAAUAAUAUAAUUACGGAGGAGAUCGAGGAAGAGGAGGAGGAUGGAGAGAAAGAGACGGCUGCGGCCAUCCAGAGAAGAGGAGGAGGAGGAAAAGAGAAGAAACUAGAGUAA